AAGUACUAGUUUGUGAGCACUAAAGUUGUUUGACCAAGCUGUAAGUUUUGAUUUAUAGUUGUCGUGCAUAUCUGCUUAAGAUACUCAAGGGGCAGCUGUCACCCUUUUUGAUUCUAUUUUUUGAGCCCACAUUCUGUCAGAGCAGAGGUGGAAACCUGUGAUGUGAGGGGUGGGGAGUUUCUAAAGCAGAUGAGGGCAGGUGUUUCCUGCCUCUGCCAAAUGGUAAAUCAAUUGUGUGUUGCCUUCUGGAGGAGAGUAGGAGCAACCUGGAGGAUGAUACAGAAACAGGACAAAUAGGCCAGGUGUCUGAAGAAAUAGCCUCAAGAUGAACUUCUUCCUGGAAACAUUAACAGUCUUUGGACUUCUCGUUUAUUAUUUGCUGGAGUCGCUGGUGUUCUUGAUUGUGCCUAAGCGGAAGAAGAAUGUUAGUGGUGAAAUAGUACUAAUAACAGGAGCGGGAAAUGGCAUUGGAAGACUCCUAUCUUUAAAGUUUGCCAGCCUUGGAGCCACAGUGGUUCUCUGGGACAUAAAUCAAGAGGGGCUCAAGGAGACGAGUAGACUGGCCAGGGAAAAUGGAGCAGUGAGAGUACACUGUUAUGUCUGUGACUGUAGCAAAAGGCAGGAUGUCUACAGAGUAGCCGAUCAGGUUAAAAAAGAAGUUGGCGAUGUUAGCAUCCUAAUCAACAACGCUGGUGUUGUAACUGGGAAGAGGUUUAUUGAUUCUCCAGAUUCACUUGUGGAAAAAACCAUGGAAGUGAACAUAAUGGCACACUUCUGGACAUACAAAGCCUUUCUCCCAGCAAUGAUGGCCUCUAACCAUGGGCACUUGGUUAGCAUCGCAAGCUCAGCGGGACUGACUGGAGUCAAUCGUCUUUCAGAUUACUGUGCAAGUAAAUUUGCAGCAGUUGGUUUUGCAGAGUCAAUUCAUUUGGAGAUGAGAGAUCUGCGAAAGACUGGUGUUAAAACCACAAUUGUGUGUCCUUACUUCAUAAACACAGGAAUGUUUGAUGGCUGUAGAACCAAGUGGCCAAGGCUACUUCCUACUCUGGAGCCAGAGUACGUGGCUGAGAAGAUAAUCACUGCUAUUCGGCGGGACCAAGAAAUUCUGGUGCUACCACGCAGUCUUUACUUUUUAUUUGCUUUGAAAAAUAUCCUGCCAGUGAAAGGAACUGUUCUUGUUGCGGACUAUCUUGGAAACCUCUGUGUCAUGGAUAGCUUCAAAGGUCGAGCGAAGAACAACUGAAAAAGCACAAAAUUCAGAGAUGAGCAACGCUAAAGUGGACCUUUUUAAAGGUGGUGGUGGGAAAGGUCUGCUUCUCUAGCAGCUGUGAGCUUAAGGUGCCUCACUUCUCAUUAGUAACAUUUUUUAAGGCAAUUGCUUCUUAAUUGGUUCUUUAAUCAACAGCUUUCACUCGAGCUAUUUUUUUUAAUCCAGUGAACUGCUUUCUUUUCACCUCAUUGUGGAAAUACAUUGAAAUUAGUUCCUUUGGUUAUGUCUGUUAUAAUGCCUUAAAUAUGGUCCUGCGUGACGAACUAAUAAUUGGCAACUUUGGGAGGGAGAAGGGACCAAGAAACCACAUGUGUUUGGCAGGGAGCCAGAAAAGCCGCUAGUGGACCUGACUUCUCACUACCAUUCACUGACCCACCAGGAGGGCCUGUACUGCUGGUGCCAUUGCCACUCCCUGGUAAGCCAAGGAAUUCAAGAGUUUCCUGAAACAACAGAUUUGAAUGUAUAGAAAGGGAAGUUUUGGGAAAUGAAAAUGUGCUGUGUUGGUACAAAACCAAUGAAAUCCAUUAAUUUUUGGAGGUGGUGAUCUCGGGACUCACAGAUGACUAUGGUUGUCAGGGUGGGGAGGUGGAAGGAUGUAAACUAUGUAUUUGUGCUGCUAAUCUACUUUUUGUUUAAUUUAUCUUAAAAGCAAAUACUAUGACUGCAACUUUGUAAUAAAGUCUGUGUAUUGUCUAAGUGCAAUAUUUUAAGAACGGUUUUAAAUUUUCAUCUCCUAAACAGAAUAAGCUUGUAGUUAUAGAGCAUAAGACUGCCGGUCCAGGUGAGCUAUCAAAUGUCUUGCCAAGUAAGAAAUGAGCUACUAAAAGCAAAGGUAUUAUGUUAUGUAAGUGGGGCUUCUCUUGGGAUUAUUUCAGAAAUGUCAUGGUGCUGAUAGAACUGGAGUGAAUGGGAUCAUUGCAGCCAUAGCUUGAGUAUUAUGUUUUGCUUCUCUGAAUUGGGUGGCAGGCUACCUUCUGUCUACAGAGACUUUUUUCCUUUCCCUUUACUCUUAGGACUAUCCAUUUAUUUUAGAGACAUGUGGAGGAGGCCUUGCUCUCUUCAAUAGUGGCCACGUAGAAAGCUGAAAGCUCCCUUGACUUUUGGUAAAUCCCAAACAAGAGAAAGGAUGAUUAUACCUUAAAUGUAUGUCAUUUAGGCAUAUGCUGGCUAAGCCCACCUCACAUCACAGUACUCUACUGGCAAUUGGUAACACCUGCAAACUAAGACAAAAAUGUAUUAGUAUGCAAUUAAUUGAAGGACAGUAUGGAGAAAAGGGUGAUUUUUUUAAUAUAUUUAGGGGUUUUUUUUCCCAUGAUGGCCUAGAAAAUACCUUCGUUCCCCUGUCUACACAAUUAGUAAGGCUUACCAGUGGAGAAAGGUUUAUAUAGAACUACUUUAUUACUGAUAAGCAAGAAACACGGAGUAAAAAAAGCAUGUUAAAAAUAGCCUUAACUUUAUAAUAGAUUCAUGAGAGUUAGAAUUCAGACUGAUGAAGAAAAGAUUUGUCUUGCUGUCCUUUCAGAUCUGCAGCUUUUCUACCUCAAAUUCUGCUCAUUUUGUGGUACACCUCGGGAAAUGACAGCUACUAAUUAAAGAAUACGUAUUGCCUAAAUGUGCUGUCCAUAUGUACAUUGCACUGUUCACAAAGUCAGCCACUCAUAACUGUCUGAUAUAUCUGUGUCUUGCAGACUCCUCACUUUUUUUGUGCUAACAGAGCACACUUUUCUUCCUAACAAUGAAAUACUAGGUAUGCAGCAUUCUGGAGUAAAGGAGAAAUGGGUUAUAUGUAUGAACAGUAUGUAUCAAACUCCAGCUCUUGUGAGAACAAGCAGCUUUUCAUUCUUGGUGUCUCUGUGAGCAUAUUCUGCUAGGGAGGUUGAAAGCAAUGAGUCUGGCUGUGGGAUUUGUGGAUUCUCAGCAGGUUCAGGUUUGUCACACCACUAGGAGGAUCUUCCCUGACAAUGGGUGCCAGAGCACAUCUCCAUAGGGAUUUUUCUACUUCACAGAAUCAUUGAGCUUGGAAAGGACCUCUACUCAGAGCAAGGCCAAUUAGAGCAGGUUGCUUGGUACUGUGUCCAGUCAAGCUUUUAAUAUCUCCAAGGUUGAGAGUCUGCAACCUCUCUGUG